AAAGUGAGAGAGAAAGAUAUAAAGAACUAUGUAUGCACCAUCUGUGUGAAAGAAAAGAAACUUCUUGCAGUAGGUUGUACUUGUGCGCGACCUCGAGCCCGGAUUUGUGUGUUCUAGAAGAAAUAGAUAGAGAUUUUUUAUAAUGUACGCCAUAAAAGAGAAAAGUACGAGUAAAUUAAUCAACAAGAUUUGUGACUUAUAAAUUUGAAGAAAACUGCCUUUAUAGAGUGACGGUCAUAACAAGUAUAUAGUUAAUAUGCCGUCCACUUGUGGAGAUACUAUAGAUGUACCAGUUGGAAUAGUAGAUGGUAUAUCCAGUACAGAUAGUAUUGGAACACAGAGCGAUGUUUCUGGACAUACUACAGUAUCAGGAAGGCCUAGAAUGGAUGUAGCAUGUGUAUUAGAUCUACAACAACCAGAGCAUCUUGCACAACGAAAAAGAGCUUUAGAAGAAGUAAAACAAGCAUGUCAUUUAGUGAAUGCAAACAUGCAUCAUAUACAGUUUGAAAAGCUUGAUUUUGGGGAAACAAAUGUUUUGGAUACAUUUUAUAAUGCAGAUGUAGCUGUGGUUGAUUUAAGCAUUCAGUUACAACAAUCUGCACUAUUUUAUCAUCUGGGUGUCAGGGAAAGCUUUGGUAUGAAAGAAAAUAUCUUGCUUCAUAACGAUGUAGAUACUGAAGCUACAAUUAGACUUAAGUUAUCAUGUGGUAGUUACACAUUUGUGUCAUAUCGUGUAAUAGAGUGUGGUUCUUGUGUUGCUACUUGCCCAGCAACUAGUAGAAUUACAGGCGAAGAAUCCGUAGAUCCAAAACAACACCUUACACUAAAAUUAAAGAAAUUAUUUCAAGAUGUUGAAGUACAAUCCAAAGCUCAUAUGAAAGAAAAAUUCUUAGCAGAUUUACGUAAAGCACGUGAAACCUAUUCAGGAGAAGAACUCUCUAGAGCAUUGAACAACAUGCGUAAGCGCUUGGAUGAUCCCAAUGUUCUUUCUGGAGAAGUAGUGCUUAAUGUACUCAUUUCAUUUCGAGAGAUACAGGGUUAUGAUGCAAUGGUACAAUUAGUAGAUGAUUUAAAAACUAUUCCUACACAUAAAAAUUAUAUAAAUACCCCUGCUAUUCGUUACUUAUAUGCUUUUGCACUAAACAGACGAAAUAAAGAAGGAGAUAGGGAAAGAGCUUUGAAAGUUAUUGAAAAGGCAUUAGAAAAGAAAGAAAAUCAUGUACCAGACAUGCUGUGCUUGUGUGGAAGGAUAUAUAAGGAUAAAUUUGUUGAAAGUAGACAUACGGAUCAAGAAAGUUUAAGAAAUGCUAUUCAUUGGUAUAGAAAAGGUUUUGAGGUUCAACCAAACGAAUAUGCUGGUAUAAAUCUUGCUACACUGUUAGUUAUAGCAGGAAAUGAAUUUUCAAAAAGUGAAGAAUUACAACAUAUAGGAAUGGUAUUAAAUAACUUAAUUGGAAAAAAGGGCAGCCUGUCAAGUUUAAAAGAUUAUUGGGAUGUUGCAACUUUUUUUGAGAUUAGUGUGUUAGCAGAAGAUUACUCAAAGGCUAUUCAAGCUGCUGAAUGUAUGUUCAAACUGAAGCCACCCAACUGGUACCUGAAGUCAACUAUAGGCAACAUAUCCUUGAUAGAUAGAUUUCGCAAAAAAAAUGAAGAGGCUGAAGUUUCACCUGAGGAGCAAAUAUUUAGUUUCUGGAUGGACUACUUUGUGGAAGCCACAAAACCGGAAGUUGGAGAUAGUAUACGGUUUCCACUUCUAGUGUUAGAGCCAACAAAAAUUUUAAUGCCAAGUUAUGUGAAUGUCAAUCUUGGUGCGGAAGAAAAAUCGAUCCAAAUAUGGAAUUUAUGUUUGGAUAACAUGAAAAAUAACUGUAAACAAGUACAUGAUUGGUUGUUUACUGCAAAUAUGAUUCGAAGUGUGAGUUUAUAUAAGAGAGAUGAGAGAUGUCUCUUUCUAUACGUUCAUCAAAAUUCUGACGAUUUCCAAAUGUAUUUGCCAUCUGUACAAUGUAGGCAAAGAUUUUAUGAUUUGGUCUUAGAAAUGACUAGAGAUCAAGAAGGUAUGGUUACAGAUUUGGAUGCUUACAUGACCGAUGAUCGUAUGAAGUUUGAAUAUGAACUAGAUGAUCAAAAUAAAAGAAUAGUACUUGGAAAAGGAACAUAUGGUGUUGUGUACGCAGCUCGUGAUUUGAAUACCCAAGUGCGAAUUGCAGUAAAAGAAAUCCGGGAACGGAAUUUGGGAGAUGUUCAGCCUUUACACGAAGAAAUUAAAUUACAUAGUCAGUUAAGACAUAGAAAUAUCGUUCAGUAUUUAGGAUCGGUAAGUGAGGAUGGAUACUUCAAAAUUUUUAUGGAACAGGUCCCAGGAGGAAGUCUAUCUGCUUUACUACGCUCUAAAUGGGGUCCAUUAAAAGAAAAUGAGUCAACAAUAUCAUAUUACACUAAACAGAUUUUAGAAGGACUUAAAUAUUUACAUGAUCAAAAAAUAGUUCACAGAGAUAUUAAAGGUGAUAACGUGUUAGUUAAUACUUACAGUGGAGUAGUUAAGAUUUCAGACUUUGGUAUGUCUAAACGUUUGGCUGGUCUUUGUCCAAGUACUGAAACAUUCACUGGAACUUUACAAUACAUGGCACCAGAAGUUAUUGAUAAAGGUCAACGUGGUUACGGUGCACCUGCUGAUAUUUGGUCUCUGGGCUGUACUAUAGUUGAAAUGGCAACAGGAAAGCCACCAUUUAUCGAAUUGGGUUCUCCUCAAGCAGCUGUAUUCAAAGUUGGAUAUUAUAAAAUACAUCCUGAAAUACCGUCUGAAUUAUCCGAGAGAGCCAAAAGUUUUAUAUUAAGAUGUUUUGAACCAAAUCCUGAUGUGAGAGCAACUGCUGCCGAAUUGUUGGAAGAUCCAUUUUUAAAUGAGAAAAAGAAAACUAGUAGAUUAGCAGCACCACCAGAUUUUAGUAGAAGUAUAUCUGUUCCUGCGGAUAGAAUCGAUCGUUUAGGGAAGUGUGAUAAAACAAACAACAAUCAUAUUGUAACUGCAGUUCCAAUGCACACAUCACAAUCAGAUGACAGAAUUGCAUGUAGUGGAGGGCUAACCAAGUCAAGCCCAUUGAGAGAGCGCAGUCCAGCUCACCUUCUGUCUCCCAUCAGCAUGCCAUCUGCAACUCUUUCUUUUAACAGCACAAUAGGUAAUACACCAUCAAUAGAAACAAGUGAAAGUGAUGUGACUGGAGUUUCCAUAACUAGAAGAAGUUCUUCUGGUGGAUUAUUAUCACCGGAAGUUGAAUUAGGAGGACAAUCAGGACAUAAAUCUGGUGAAGAACAAGAAGGUUUUUAUCUAUUAAAAAAAGAUAGUCAGAGAAGAAUGACACUGACAAGGGUUCUUAGUCAAGAUGAAACAAAAAUUUGUGAAGUUUGGAUGAGAGGUAUACAUCAGGAUGUAGGCCAAACUGUUUUACGCAUGAAUCAUUUGAUAUUAUUGAUGCGUGGAUUAAAGGAUUAUAUUUCUGAACAAAAUCAAGAAGUGAUCAUAACAGCUAUACGCACAUUGAAAGAAGAAUUAGAUUUUGAUUCAACUGCGAUUAACCAUCUUCAAUUGGCUAUUUACUUGUUUCAAACAGCAGUGAAUGAAGUUUUAAGAAUGCAUAGCAUUAAACCACAUUGGAUGUUUGCAUUGGAUAACUUAGUAAGAAAUGCCGUUCAAGCAGCUAUUACAGUAUUGUCGCCUGAACUUGGAGCAAAUUUAUUGGGGCAAGAGCGCGUACAACCUGGUGGUCAAGGUCCUGAAGAAGGUUCUACAUCUGGUGUUUCAACAGUUAAUUCUAUAAAGUCUCAGAAGAUAGCAGAUUCUGUUGAUAACAAGUAUUGGAAAGAAUAUCAUGAUCAAAUGGGCACUUUAAAAAUGGAAAACAUGAAAUUAUUGCAAGAAUUGUUAGAUUGUCAGAAAUCAUACCAAGUAUUAUUGCAGCAAGCUUUAGAAGAACAAAGAGCACAAAUGAAUACAUUGACUCAUCUUUGCGAAAAUAUUAAUAGAAAAACUUUAAGACAAGAAUCAGGUUAUAAUUCUACUAUAUCUGGUUGUAAAAACGGGACUAAUCAAUCAGACUUAUUACAAAUAGAAAAUACAAAUCCUACAAAUCCUACAAAUCCUUCAUACAAAGAUGGAGCACUUAUAAAUUGGUUACAAGAUCUUCAAAUAGAUGAAGUUUCGAUCGAUAGGUUUAUGUAUGAGGAAUACACUUUGGAAGACGUUUUAAAUUAUCUUACGAGGGAUGAUAUUCGAAGACUCAAUUUAAGGGGCGGCGUCGAACUAAGGAUAUGGCAAGCUAUAUUAAAAUAUAGAAGGGAUCAAGAAAAUACAAAUUAAAAAAAAGAUAAUUUCUAUAUUUUACGAAGAGUCAAUCGUUCUUUUAUUAUCUGUAUAAAAGUUUUCGAGCAGGGUAACGUACUUUCGUCAAGUCUGAAUGCUAUGAAAUAAUAUUACAUCAAAGGAUAUAUUUUGUUUGAUGUAUCGCCUAACGUAAUUGGACUUCCACUUGAGAUCAUGAGUGAUACGAUGAUAUUAGUAAUAUAUCACGUAGUUCCUAAUUAUCGAUUAUUUGCAGAUCGCUAUUGUAAAUACCAAUAAUUAAUUAAUAAUGCAAUAAUUUGUUUUCUUCUUUGUGCGACCACUUGUUAAAUUUAUGUAAUUUAAUAUUUUUUGUCAAACAUAUGCAUCAUGAUGUAUACAUCUUAAUGAUACAGAAUUCGUAGUUUUUUAGUCGUUGUAUCACAUUCGAUUAAAUCAUCUUAUUUUCGUCUAAAGCAGGAAAUAUUCUGUUUAUUUCUAUUCGUCUUCAAUUAAAUCAUUUGUCAUUCAUUACAUACUCAAUAAUUAACAAUACAUUUUUCAUAGAUUUCGAUGGAAUAUCAAUUGCAUUCUUAUAGAAAAGAAAUUAUACUCACGAUUGGUAUCGUUAAUGUAUCGUAUACAUUGCAACUGUACUACUAUCACAUAAAUACAAAUAACGCAUACAUCUGUGGUACAAAAUUAAAUAAUUACGCAAAUUUUUAACAUUUUAUUAAAAACGCGAAAAUCAAUUAAAUUAUUAUCAAAAACAUUUAUAUGACAAUACUAACGCAGCUUAGAAAUGUUAUAUUUUUAACGUAAUAUUACAUUAUUAUAUAAUAGGAAACGUUUCUAUAUGGUCUAAUGCUUCCUCACAUGUAAAAUUGUUUUCAGUGCCUGUAAUACUGGUUAUAACUGGUUAUAACUGAUUACAACUAUGGUUAGAGUACAAGAAGUAAUAUUUAUUGUUUCUCGUCUUACAUGUUAUCCAAAUCUGUGUAUCAUAUUAUCUUUACAUUUUUAAACAACAAAACAUGAAAUAAAGAGACAAUACAGUUUUCACUCUUAAGAAAUGAUAUGCGUGAAAUGGUAAUCAAGUAAAUUAUUUUUGGUUGUAAGAAUUUUCUUUUAAUGAUACGAUCGAAAAAACUACUUGAUAUUGCUUUAAACAUCGAUCGAUUCGUUAUGAUACAAGUGCCUACUCUGUUAAUGAAUACUUCGAAUUUUUCAUGUAUUCUGCGAUAUAUUAUAUAUAUAUGAUAAUGAAUAGAUCAAUUGUUAAAAUUACUUUUUGUCAUGUCAGACUAUCGAAGGUGGAGAACUAUCAUCGUGACGAAAUAGUUGCUCUCGGGUUUUAUAUAUAUAAGCGAGAGUAGAUAAGUCGUUACACUGUUAAAAUAUUGUUAUUUCUGUCGCAUAAUAAAAUUAUCGUCGUUGAUCUUAACAUUUACAAUAAAGAAUUGAAUGAAUGUUAUAUUGAAUUUUUAACUCUCAUUACGAGUUCGUUUUAAACCUUAUCAGAGGCUACAAUA